CGUAUGAACGUAUCGAGAAUUCGUUCUUCCUAUACUCCAUUGCAAGUUUUUUUUGUAAAACCAUUGAAAUUUAAUCGUUAGAAAUAGUAUUUCAUAAAACGAUAUACGUCGACAAUAUAUCAAGAUCUUUGGGUGAAAGAUUCUUGUGCUCAGAUUUUUUGUGAGUGAUUUUAAAAAUAAACUUACUUAAGGUGGUUAUGCCGGUGGAAUUUGAAUCAAUGGCACCCGUCGCUCAUAAAACCAUCUCUCAUAAUGGAGAGAAGAUGAAUAAACUGUGCCGUCAACUCUCAAUCGAGAGCCCGAGCGUGACCGGUCGGGAUUGUGUUUUCAGCUUCGAUGUACCCGUGCCGGAUGUGCCAGCGCAUGGUGCCCGCAUCCGGGUGGUGUGCGCUGGUGCUUGUUACCAUCCUCGACGAUCGCCGAGUCUGACUAGUUUGACCUCGGUCUCGAGUGGCAGUAGUCUGGCCGCCGACAUAUCCGUAGAAAGCGAUUACCCGGUAUUUAUACCGCAUCACGGGGUACGCGACGCUGCUCUAUUCCCCGGUUACGAAGUGGCUGGCGUGAUCGAAUCGUUUGGCACCGAGGUACCUGAAGACCGCGAACUUGCUGUAGGCGACCGCGUUAUUCUUUAUCCCUAUGAUGGAAUUCCCAAUGGUUACGUCGAAUAUCUGGUAGUGCACGACCUCAAGUACCUGAUCAAGCUUCCGGACAAUAUGUCACUUAGCGUGGGAGCUAUGCUGCCGGCCGGCGCGCUUCUCGCCAUGAACACCGUCUUCGCUGCGCACGAACACGUGCAGGCAUUAUUGAAGGAGAGAGGUGAAAACAGCGUGUGUAAGAUUCUUGUAGUUGGCACAGGUGGUCUUGCCUUGUGGGCUCUCAGAAUCGCAUCGUAUCACUUCAGUAACAUGAGAGAUAGAGUUACUACUACAAUAGCCACUCUUAAGGACGAUGGUCUUCUCAUAGCUCAGGAAUUCCAACGCAACAGUCGGCAUAUUGGUUACAGGGUGAACGUAGUACAAUGGAACGAGGAUCUUUAUGAGAAGCAGUUGAUCGAACGCACGAUGGAUGCCUGUGGUGGCCAAGUAGACGUAGUAAUCGAUUUCGGCACGACAUCACGCAAUCUUCAUCGCAGCAUGCAAUGCCUAAGUAAGGGCGGUGUAGUGUUUGUGAUCAAGGAGGUCGCAGAUCGACUACUGCCCAAGUUUAGCCGACGAGCGGAAGAGCGGCAGCAAUCUAUUAAACCGGUAGAACCGGGUACUUUGGAGCAAUUACGGGAGCUGGUGCAACUAGUCGCCUCGGGCGACAUUGAGCCACCUCCGCACACUGUGUAUCCCGCCGAGGAAGCUCUGGACGUCGUUCAAAAGCUUUGUCACUCAGAGAUCCAGGGCCGCGCGAUUCUUCGCUUUUAUCCCGCGGACUAGAAGAUUUUUCGUUAAAAGAUUUCUCCGUGAUCGCGGAUUAGGCGAUAGAUUCGACGACGACGAUCGAAAAAGUCCGAAUCCGGCCCGGAUGAGAGUUGUUGACAAUUGAGAGUUAUUACGGCAUGUGCGUUUCGAAGUUUUAAUAUGUAGCUAAGAAGGACUAUCGAGAACAGAAGUAACUAUAUUGCUUCAUAUUAAGGGCCGGAGAUUAGAUAAAACGUUGAUACGUGUAUGUCCUAUAGGGCGAUAGUUUGCGAAUGAGGGGACUUGACGACUACAGGAAUGGUCUUUCGUAGAAAUGACACGUAAAGAGAUUUGAUCUAUCGGGACAAAAAGAUCUCACAAGAUUUACAAAAAUUUGACGGUACACGAAUAAAAGAGUUGAUGAAAGAAUGAUGUUCUGAUUUAUAUGGUUGAUCAAAUAUUAACUAUUAAUUUGACAGAAUUUUGUAAUAACAAUAGUACGAAUACUUUCGAAAUACUUUCGAAAUACUUUCGAAUCUAAUUUAAUUUCAUCAGACUUUUCGUUGAUUAACAAUUCUUUUUAAUGCUAAUCAAACGUGUAAUAUUUGAAGGAAAAAGUUUUCAUAUAAUAAACGAAUUCUUUUCUGUAAAGAGUUUUUUUUCGAAAGUUUGCCAAUGAAAUGAAAAAUAUUAGAAAAUUAUUGUUUAAUAUUUUAGAGAUUAUCUCAUUUUACAGCUUUCUUUUAAAUAAUGAGCAAUUAACUUUCACAAAUGGGCAGAGAUAAAAAUGUCAAUCCAUUACACGGUCAUAAGAUAACAGCCUAGAUAGCACGAAAAAAUAACGUAAAGCUGUCAUGCUUAACAAAAAAGGACAUUAUCAUUAAAGAAGCGAUGCUCUCUAUUUUCUUUUAAUGGAUGUCUAAUAUUUGUCGUUUCUUGGCACAAAGUAAAGUCCAAGAUAACAUUACAAUGUAUGCAUAUUUGUGCCGAACGCACUAAUACAAUUAUGAACAAUUAAUGUACGAGAUAUUUUGUUUCGUAUUCAAAAAUUCUUAAAUAGAAAUAUGCUGAUUGGAGACACAAAGCAAUACAGUUGUGUGUCUUGUCGAACUUCACACGUUCGUGUGAAGUUGUGGUAUUAAAACGGUUAUAAGAUAAUUUCGAUGUGUGUUGAUUAUUUUUACUAAGAAUUCAAGAGUACCAGCAACUACCUACAAAAUAGUCAUAUUAACUAUACUGUUUUUAAUAUUUAUAUUAUAGUUAAUACGAGUACUUAAAAAUCGUUGGUGCCUAGAAAUAGUGAUAAAAAAAGGAUUAAAAAAAGAAAUGAAAUAUAAUUGUAUUAACUAUACUACUUUAAUCAUAACUACAAAUAGCUAAUAAUGGCUAUUUAAAGUUGCUGGUAUUUAUAGAAACAUCGACAGCAUGAGAAGAAUUAAAACUAAUAUUUUUGCUGAAAACAUCUGAAGAAAUGUCGAAAAAAGUCUGUAUUCAUAUAUUUAAAAUGCAUUUUCAAAUGAUUUUUGUUUAAUUAUAUCAAAUGUGUAUAUUGUUGAACAGUUAUAUUAAAAAAAUGUAUAAUAUACAAACGUAAUAAGAAUACAGACCGGUUAACAACAGAGAUACAUUUGAUGUGAUCAGAAGAUUUUAGGAGAGACAGAUCAUUCGUUAAUUAUGUGAUGAAAACUAGCAACUUUAUUGAACACGCAUUUAUUUCAAGCGAUAUUCUUUAUGAUGUUGGCGGCGUAUAUUGCUAUGUAUUUUAAUUAUCUAGAAACUUUGUCGCGAUAAUAAUGGUGACAGAUUGAUAUCGUAAUUAUCUGAAAUAUACAGAGUCACUAUUAAUUGUCACGAAUGUUCCACAAUAAUUAAUUGAAGGACACCGUUGAAGAUACUGCUGACGCAGUACAAAAGUGUAUCACUGCAGAACCCGAAACAAGUCCGAUAUUUAUGAGCACACUUCAAUGCAUACUGCAAUGAAUAUUGCAGCACAGGAUCAAACGUGUAUAUUCAAUGUCAAUUCAGGAAUAAUAUUCGAUCGGAUGCGCUUGUACGAGCGCCUAGAAUAAGUUCCCCGUUAAGAUAAGGAUGUUGAACUGUAAUAAAUAUCUGUCCUACCA